UCCAACCCCAAAGUACAACUAGGCGGAACCAUCUUCUCGUCUUUGACUCAUAUACGGUUCUUUCUUGUUCACACUUUUUCUUAGUAAAACAAAACAAAAAGAAAAACUGUUUGCAGAUGGGAAAGCCAGGGUUGUUUGAUCUUGAGAAUCAUUUUGCGUUCUAUGGGGCAUACCACAGUAACCCAAUCAACAUCUUGAUACAUACUUUAUUUGUGUGGCCUAUCUUUUUUACUGCUCUUGUUCUUUUCCACUUUACUCCGACCGUCUACGAUCUUUCUCAAGCUGGGAUUUUGCCUUCUGGGUUUAAUCCUGUUUUGGGUUUUAAUUUUGGGUUUGCUUUUGCUCUUUUCUAUGGCUUGUUUUAUGUAAUUUUGGAUAAGAAAGCUGGGUCCUUGGCGGCUUUGCUUUGUUUAGGUUGCUGGGUUAGUGCUAGUUUUCUUGCUGCAAGGCUUGGAUAUUCUCUGGCUUGGAAGGUUGUGCUUGCUGCUCAAUUGUUCUGUUGGAGUGGACAGUUUCUAGGCCAUGGAGUGUUUGAGAAACGUGCACCAGCUCUGUUGGACAAUCUUGUUCAAGCUUUGGUGAUGGCUCCUUUCUUUGUUUUGCUUGAGGUUCUUCAAUCACUCUUCGGAUAUGAACCAUAUCCAGGGUUUCAUGGAUGCGUGAAAGCUAAGAUAGAAGCUGAAAUCAAGGAGUGGCAGGACAAGAAACAGAAAAAGGUUUCUUAGGUUUGAUUGAUCAACUUUCUCAUGCAAGGAUUUUGGUUAAACUACUGUAAAAACCAAUGAAGGAAUGGUCAUGUAUUCAUGUACCAUUGAAAUUAUUACCAGACUCCUGUUCUGCUUUUAUUUUCGGAUUUCCCUUAUUCAUUCC